AUGGUUCGAAACGGAAGAAUUCUGGGUUGGUGGGUGGCUGUACUAGUUUGUGUUUGUUUGUGGGACGAGGCAAUUCAAGCUCCGACCAAAAUGAGCUCUAACUCGCCUUGGGACCGGAAGUUCGUGAGAGUUGUGAACAAAUUGGAUGAGGGGUUGAGUCUGACCAUUCAUUGCAAAUCCAAAAACGAUGAUCUUGGUGUUCAUGUUUUGGGGAGAGAUGAGUAUUUUGAGUGGACAUUUUAUGUCAAUCUUUGGGAGACAACACUCUUCUUUUGUAGAUUCGAUUGGCGUGAUGCAUCGAAGACUUUUGAUGCUUAUAGGGCUAUAAGGGACAUCCAUAGAUGUAACCAUUGUCUUUGGGAGGCUAAGCCCGAUGCUAUCUAUGGCUCCACUGAAUCGGGUCAUAGACCUAUUGUAAUAGGUUGGUAA